AUUAUUACUGAAACCAACACCAUAGAUCUAGCGUAACAUGGAAGCUGAAUUACCAAACAUAAAGAAGUGGAUUGUGUUGUAUCCUGUUUACAUCAAUUCCAAAAAAACUGUAGCUGAAGGAAGACGAAUUGGCAUCGCCAAAGCAUGUGAAAACCCUACUUGUGCUGAAAUUGGGGAUUGUUGCAAUUAUCUUAAACUUCCCUAUGCAAUCGAGAUAGACAAGGCUUACCCUCGUGAUUUCAUGCAAAGGGGACGAGUUAGGGUUUUGCUGAAAAAGGAGGAUGGGACUCUUAUUAAUCCAUCCAUCUCUUCCAGAAAGCAACUAAUGUUACGCGUUGCAGAGAUGGUCCCUAAACAUCAUGGAAGGACCAAGAAGCAAGAGACUGCAUCAACAUCAACCACAACUGCUGGACCUUCCAACAAAUCUGGGAAAGGUGGAAAAAAGAGAAGAUAAUUAUGUGUUUUUAACAUUGUCUUAACAUUUUGAAACUAGUGUUUUUCCGGGUAUAUUGUCCAUUACAGUUGGAAAUAUUUAUCCUAACUUAAUUGAAGUUUUUUACCACUCGGAAAUGUGUUUGUUGGAAUGAUCUUGUGCUUAGGAUGUAUGUUGUAACAUCAUGCUUAGGAGAAAUUUCUCCAUGCUUAGAGGACUGUUUUUUCAUAGAAAA